AUGGCGGGCGUGGCCACAGCGUAUUCAACCGAUGCCUUGAGCUCGUCCGGAGGCUUGGAUAGCGAGAAAUGGGACUUUGCUGUGCCGAUCCCCAAUGAUGGCACUCAGCAUUCCUCGAAACCGCGAACCUCCCACGAUUCGAGCUCGGCCCGGGCGACAUCCACUCGGCAGCGCAAUUCGAAUGGCUCUCGAAGCUCCUCCGUCUCUCGAAACGUCCACGAUGGCUCCUACCCUGCCAGUCGAGUCCGACGCGAACCCAGUAUAAACAGACAUGGGAGCGAACUCAAAACCGCCCUAGAUGACCCGUCUCGCAAGGAGUACGCAGAGGGUCCGGACGGCUGGGGGAUGUAUUUUCCAGAAGAAUUGAACCACGAGAAUUGGAUUCAUCGGGACAAGCUGGCAAAAAUCGAGAGCGAGGAGCUUCACCAGGCUGCCAUCAUGUUCCAACGGCGGAUGACGGCCGACAGCAAAUCAAGCGCAGGGCAUGGGCGGUACAACGACCCUCACCAUAGCGGUGCUCCUGCAUCGGUUUCAUCGCCCAAUGCAGAGCACUCGGAGCCCUGGCCUGAACUACGGGAGGAGCGGAAGACCUAUGAUGGAGAAUAUGGCGAUGAACGGCUGAACUGGGAUCUUCGUCGCCCUGAGGAAAUUGCCGCAGACGAAGCAGCUUCCAGCAUCUACAGCCACCCUGGCCUUCGAAAGAGCUCUUCGCGAAUACCCAUUUCAACAGCUAGCCCAGUGCCGCUCAUGUCGGGUCGGGAUUCUCGCGGACCUCGAAGCCGUGCGGCCACAGACGAAUACGACGACGAGGAUAGCAGAGGUCGCAGAGCAAGCGAGCCUACGGGUGAAGGAAAUCCCCACACCCCUUCGCCAGGAGGUCGACCGGGCAGCCGUGGCUUCAGCACUACUCAAAACACGCCAGCCAAAAAGACACAGGCAAAGGCGGGAUCAACCACCCGGAAGACAUCUGCUCCACCUACAAACAGGAAGACGUCGGCUGCUAGAUCGCGUGCGGUCUCAGGCAAUGCGUUGCAGCGACCUGGCACUCGAUCUGGCGAAAGCCGGCCUACUACUGCGGCCAACCGACCCGAGGGCGACCCACCGUGGCUGGCAACGAUGUACAAGCCUGAUCCUCGUCUUCCGCCUGACCAGCAGAUGCUUCCCACUGUUGCUAAGAAGUUGCAACAAGAGCAAUGGCAGAAAGAGGGACGAACGCCCAACACGUAUGACCGUGACUUUGCACCCCUUGCUGUCUACCCUAACGAUUUGCCUCCUGUUCCACCCAAGGUCGAGGAGCCUCCGAUGCAGGAGAAGCCGAAGACCCCAGAACCAGAACCAGAACCAGAAACAGAACCAGUGACUCGGCCGAAUACGAGCAUGGGAUAUAGCACAAUGCCCAAGGUGCAAGAUACGCCUCCAUUAGGGCUGACCCCCAACCCCAAUUGGAAUCCCCCGGUGGUCUCCGCCCAGGAGCCGCCGAAGAAGGAGAAGGGAUGUGGAUGCUGCAUUGUGAUGUGA